UACCUCCGCAACUUACCUCCGCAAACUCCUCCACUUCUCCAACCCCUUCGAUCGUCGCCACCCUCCUCCAUCUCAACACACUGCACAGCCUCACGCCUCAUACAAAAACCCACCCUCUACCUCCCAGGCUCCCGCCGCGUCAGCUCCGGCAUGACUCAACACCGCUGAACAGCACCGUACGCACCUCGACCUCACCUCACGCCCCCCGCCCCCCGCCCCCCACCAGGCCAUGGACGAAGCCUCCACCCUCAUUGCUUCCCUGCACUCCAAACUGCGCGAGCUGGACCACAAAGUCCUGCUUUACCGCCGCGUCAUGGCCGCCGAGUUCACCAAGCACUCCGACGCCCUCUUGCGCGACGUCGCCCCCGAUGUCGCCGCCUCCGUCACCGCCGCAGUGGCAGAGGGCAUGGGCGCCUACCCUUCGCUCGUCGACACUGUAGCCGCCACAGCGACGCCGGAGGACUCAGGGACACCCCCUUCCACGAACCCAGCGGGCGAAAUUGCACGGGAAGUAGGACGGCUGAAGGAGCAGGGCAAGUUGACGCCGCCACCGCCGAUAGAUGUAGCUGGUGCGGCGGAUACAGAUGUGCCGCGGAGUCCGCACGCGAGGGAAGCCGAGUUUUUGGGCGUUUUUACACAGGGAUACCUGCCGUUGCUGGAUAGCUCUGAUAAGCACGAGCGGCGGGAUGGGACGCCUGUGCUGAAGGCGACACAGGACGCGGAGGCGGAUAGGAAGGCAGAGCUGGUGGCGACGAAUCUGUCGGUGUCGUAUUCGCCGCCAUCAAGGAAACCAAAGCCGCGGCGGCGUAACACGGAUGAUUCGGGCUCGAUGUCUGAUCCUGAGAAUCCAGUGCGAAGGAGCGCGCUGAGAAGGAGCUCGAUCUCGGGGAAGGUGAAUGGACUGCGCAGAGUUAGGUUUGAGUUUGCGGGCAAGGAGUUCCCGACGACUUCGAGCCCGAGUAUGGCCGAGACGAAGAUGAUGCCUUCAGCGCUAGAUGCGAUGUCGAACGAGGCCGAUGAGGGAGGGGAAGAACAGGUGGAGAUAGAGCAGGUGGAGGAUGUGCAUGAGGAGACUGCGUCGCGGCGGAUCUCGAGCUCGCAGGCACUGAGGAUGCUAUCUCGUGGCCCGGUCGAGGAUGAUGGCACGAAGUGGGAUGAGGUGCGCGCCCCAGCUGAUGGGUCUGCGUCUGUGUCUAUCGACGAUGCGGCUGCGGCGUUGUCAGAUGAGGAGGAUUUCAUCAGCAUUGCCCCGCGGCGGAUGUCGCCGCAGUCCCCCAAUGGAGCAUCGCCGAUUGCCAUUCCGGGGCCCGUGUCGCCAUCGACGUCGCCGCAUGCCUCGCAACUGCACGAGGACGUGUCUAAGGUGUCUAUGGCCGAGGCGAAGGAAGAGGGGCACAUACUCUCUGAGAUGACGCCGUUGGCGCCUAUGCACUCAACCAGGGGCGUCAGGACAAAUAAUACCACCUCCCCGGCAAUGCCAAUCGACAUAUCCGGCGCCAACCCCUCCAACACCCUCACCUCUCCCUCCCCGACCAAACUCCCCACACCCAUCACUACACAACCCACAAGACAACCUCUCGGUACCCCCACGACCCUGGCAACCGCAGCCGCCCCACCUUCCCCAACGUCCAUACCACACCCCGACUCCGACUCCGACUACGAAGACGACUUCUUCGCCUUCGACGACGCCCCGCCCUCAACACGCACCCGCCGCGCCAAACCCCCCCGCGCCCAAUCCCCAAACUCGACUUCGAGCUCGAGUUCCACCCCCGCCUCGCCCGAGCCUCCUGUUCCCGUCGCGCUAUCUGCCUACGCCAAGUCACCCGCGCAGGCGAUCAUAUCACGCGCGCCUUCCGCACCUGAGUCAGGUGAUGGGGAUGCAGAUGCUGGCAGAGGUGCAGGUGCAGGCGCGGAUAUUCCGUACGCCCCAGCAAUCGGUAGUUCCCUCCGCAACUCCUAUCACCCUUUCGCGGAACCGAUAGUGAGUCCCGCGGUGCAUGAGGCGGCGCGGCGGAUGGGGGAGGUGAGUUCGUUUGUGGGGAGCUUGAGGGAUGGGAUGAUGAGUGAGGGGGCUAGGGGGGCGUCGUGGGGGGGUUCGGCGGGGGGGUGGGUUGACGGUGGGGGGGCGAGGAGUUUUAGUGAGAGGUUGGCUAUGGAGGACUGGGCGGAGGGGAGGGGAAGGGGGGGGAGUAGGGGGGCGUGGGUUUAG